CCCAAUUUGCGUCUUUGUUUACGUCUCGACGUGAUCGACUCGCACCGUCCAGCCACCACCAAUAUCCGUCUCCCCAUGGUCCCCUUAAAAAGGAGAGGAUCACACAUCUCCCUUGACUUCUCCCACUUCCUCUUCCACUCGACUUGUCCUCUCACUCAAUGCUCAUCAUCCUCCGCCUGCCCAGUUGAGCAAUGAUCCAAGUUUCUGUGAACGGUGGCAAACUGCCAACUCAGCUCUCAGCGGAAGCUGGCAAAUCUCUUUGCACAGCAUUAUCGCAGUCCAAUCUUUCCUCCGCCGAGUCCGCUUCGCCUGCCGACAAGCCCAACUCUGGCUCCUCCCUUGCCACCGACGCCAAAGACGCUGAUCACGCCCCGGGUUUCCACAUCCAGUCCACACCACCACCGACUCCAACCGUCUGGCACUCUAUCGAGGACACCACCGACGAGGCUGCAGUCUGUGCGGGAAAGGGGCUUGACGCCACCGAAGCAUUGCCGCGCGGUGAAUGCCCUCCCCCCUUUCCCGGUUCUUAUCCUGGCACUGUUUGGCCUAAGAGUGACCGGCCCGUUAAACCUAUCAAAGUCGGCAGUCCCCGCCCGCGGUUGCCGCACGAGCCUAAGCUGCGCUUCUCCACGAUCGAGCUCGAUGCAGAGUACGACAACUAUCCUGUCCUUGCGCGUAUGUGGCUGGCUACCCGCGACGCCUACGAGGUCAGCGAUCCCCAUGACUUGCUCACGUGGCACAACGUCGCUAUCAUGCUUGACUUUGCGUGCUGGGCCCUGCCUCGUGCAUGGGCUUGGUUCACUGCCAAUCAGCGGGCGAUGUACCUCGCGGCAAGGCAACUCGCAGGACAGGUCUUGACGGGCAUAAGCGACGCUUUACGAUCCUGGGGCCAGUAUGCACUCCUAUGUGCUAUCGAGGAGCAACGCAUUUCAUGGGGGCUCCUCCCCCUCGUCCUGUGCAGGUUCUUGUCGUCUAUUCAGGAACUCCUUGCCCAGCGCUAUACAGCAGAUACAGUCGAGCUGAGGACUUUGAUCGACGAGUCGUCGCGGAGUACGAUUUUCAACCUGUACCUUCGGUUGACAGUGCCGCAAGGAAACGAUAAGCUACUGAGAACGCUCCUCCGAGAUUCUGAACCUUUUACGGCAUUUUCAUCGAUCAGCAACUCAAAAACACCUCAUUCAACUGCCGCCGAUGUCCUGCGCGUUUCCUGUUUGUUUAUUGGGGAAGUCAUUGAAUCCCUCACGCAACUGCAGCUUAUCAUCGUCCUGCUCUUCAGCGGCAACGCCACCCCCGUUGUCGCCAGCAUGGCCAUCGUGCUCAUGCAGUACUGUAUUUCGUCAUCCUCAACGGACACUGAGCUGGCCCGUGUGGAGCGUAAGGAGCGCAAUAAGCUCGAUCACCGUCGUCAAGCUCUCUUUCAAAUCGCAGGGGGUGCUGAUUACCGUCAAGAGGUAAACCUCUUCCAAAUCGGGCGGCGCCUCAGCCCCUCCUGGGAGGCUUUGACGGAAAAGGUGAAGGCUAUUAGCACUCCCGACACUUUCAGCUGGCGCAAAGGCAUCGAUUCUGCUUUACGUAUCCUGUUGGAACUGGUUCCAACGCUGACAAAGGUGAGAGAGACAUACGAGAUACCUAACAAUAGAUCGCAAUUGUCAUUCACCCGGCAGUCGCUCUGCGCCUCAGCACUGCCAAGGUUACCGAUGAUGCCAGCCAAUGGGUCACUAGAAAGUACGCUAACGGGUUUGGUUACGAAAGAUACUGCCUGAGCAAUAUGUUCCGUGGUGGAUUCUCGGCACUGGCGUACUGCGCCGCCCUCGACCUCCUCCAGUCACAGGAGAAUGGUGACUUCAUCGACUAUGAGACGCGACGAGACGAUGUCGGCAUGCGCAUCGAGGCGAAGGGUCUGCAUUUUACUUACAGCGGCUGCCAGGAG